GCCUGCGCGCCGCGCUGCUUCCGGUGUGUGUUCGCGGGGGGACGCGGAGCGGAGCCGGGGCCAUGGCGGAGGGCGGCGCGGAGCGGGCCGAUGGCCGCAUCGUGAAAAUGGAGGUGGAUUAUAGCGCGACGGUGGACCAGCGGCUGCCCGAGUGCGAGCGACUGGCGCAGGAGGGGAGAUUGCAAGAAGUAAUUGAAAACCUUCUCUCCUUGGAAAAACAAACGCGAACGGCUUCUGACAUGGUUUCCACAUCGCGUAUCUUAGUGGCUAUAGUGAAGAUGUGUUAUGAAGCUAAAGACUGGGAUGCUCUGAAUGAAAAUAUUAUUCUUCUGUCAAAGAGAAGAAGUCAGUUAAAACAGGCAGUUGCUAAAAUGGUCCAGCAGUGCUGCACUUACGUUGAAGACAUCACAGACUUACCAGUGAAACUGCGCUUAAUUGACACGUUGCGUACAGUUACAGAAGGAAAAAUAUAUGUGGAAAUCGAACGUGCUCGCCUGACAAAGACACUUGCAACAAUAAAAGAACAGAAUGGUGAAGUGAAAGAGGCUGCCUCUAUUCUGCAAGAAUUGCAGGUGGAAACUUACGGUUCAAUGGAAAAGAAAGAACGUGUAGAAUUUAUCCUUGAGCAGAUGAGGCUCUGUCUAGCUGUAAAAGACUACAUUCGGACUCAAAUUAUCAGCAAAAAAAUUAAUACAAAAUUUUUUCAAGAAGAAAACACAGAAAAACUAAAAUUGAAAUACUACAACCUAAUGAUCCAGCUGGAUCAACACGAAGGCUCCUACCUCUCCAUUUGUAAGCACUACAGAGCCAUUUAUGAUACUCCAUGUAUUCAAGCUGAGAGUGAAAAGUGGCAGCAGGCACUGAAGAGCGUUGUUCUUUAUGUUAUUCUUUCACCUUAUGACAACGAACAAUCUGAUUUGGUGCACAGAAUUAGUAGUGACAAAAAGCUAGAAGAAAUCCCGAAGUAUAAAGACCUCCUAAAAUUAUUUACCACCAUGGAGUUGAUGCGAUGGACUGCCCUAGUUGAAGAAUAUGGGAAAGAAUUGAGAGAAGGGUCCCUCGACAGUCCUGCAACAGAUGUUUUUGGCUGUACAGAGGAAGGUGAAAAGAGAUGGAAAGAUUUAAAGAACAGAGUUGUGGAACAUAAUAUUAGAAUAAUGGCUAAAUAUUAUACCAGAAUUACAAUGAAGAGAAUGGCACAGCUCCUGGAUCUGUCCGUUGAUGAAUCGGAGGAGUUCCUGUCUAACCUAGUAGUUAACAAGACCAUCUUUGCUAAAGUAGACAGGCUGGCAGGAAUUAUCAAUUUCCAGAGGCCUAAGGAUCCAAACAAUAUACUGAAUGACUGGUCUCACAAGCUGAACUCACUAAUGGCCCUAGUUAACAAAACCACACAUCUCAUUGCCAAAGAGGAGAUGAUACAUAACCUACAGUAAGGUGCCUCAAUAAUCUCAGUGCUUUUAAAGAAGGCAUUAAAUCUUCAUAAUAGAGACUAUUAUUACAGUGUGUAUAUGUUUUUUUUUCUCCCCAUCAGGGCUUCCUGGUCUAAAAUUUAGAACAUAAUUCUGAAAUUCCUGUUGACAGUUGAGUUCCCUUGAUUAUUCAUUCAGUUGUUAAACAUUUUUGCUACAAUUGGUGAAAGAACAUAAUAAAACUGUAUUGCCUGUA